AUGAUCCUACUGGGCUUGAAGGACCCGUUCUCACCGUUUGAGAAUAUCACGUGCACUGUGUUAUUUGGGGGCACUGUGGAUGCAUUACGUAAUGCCUUUGAACGAAGUCGUGCUCACUCGACUGAAACAAGUGGAGUGGCCACCGCAACUGCUACCACUUCAUUUCCUAUGGCUACAGCCGUUUUAUCGGGCCCUACCACUGCCCAUGUAACCACAGUUGGAAGCCCUGGAAGCGGACCUAGUGUACCAUCAAGUCCCAUUCCUGCUUCGGCUAGCGUUAACGGACAAGUUGGUGGACGGGAUGCUGCUGGCACUCGCCAAACGUCGGACAAGAAGCGAGACUGA